AUGGAGCGCAGCUCACUUCCUACAAGCUCGAGCAAGGUGACAGGUAGGAAACAUUGUUCUGCCAUUCCGCAGAAAUCGAAUACUGACGAUGUUCGUGGGACAGCUCAAUGCGUCGACCCUUCGGACCUUUUCUCGACCUUCAAACCACUUUUACUUCAAUAUUUGCCCUUGCGUAAUCUACACUGGAAGUCUCCAAACCGGCCCCUGAGAUCGAUUAACACCCUGCAUGUGGACCUUAUUAAAGAUGGAAAUGAGACCACUUCCGUACCUGAAAGGCGCCAUCAGAUACCAGGCCUGCGUCAAACACCCUACUUGAAGAUAUAUCUGCUCAGAUGCGAUGACAAUGAGACUUAUAAAGCAACCUGCCGGAAGCAAAUAAGGGAAUGGAUUAAGAGCACUGCACAGCAGGCAGAAAGCAAAACAGCAGCAAGUAAUCAGGAAAAACACGAUGCCUUCGAAUGGCUCAUUGUUCAUGUGGUCUUCCCGGAAACACCUGCUGCAGCCCAGUUACGGAAAUCGAAAGAGGCUCGGUUGGGCACAACAGAUAGCUCAGACAGCAUCACUAACAAGUCGAAAUGGCCAGGCAAGGGCUCCUCAAACGUAUUCGAGAAACUUCGUGCGGAUUUCAAUGGGUCCUCGAAAUCAGCUGUUGAGCGUGUCGCUCAAAUAAGCGUUCCAAAUGCGGGACAGCAGAUAUCCGUUGAGAUGCAGGAACAAUUCCAUGAUCUUGUAGAGAAACUCAAAUUGACCAUCCUUUCCUCGUUCGAUCUUCGAGUCAGCCAGUAUGAAGAAGACAUCCAGGAAAAAGACAGUCAGCGGAUACUACCUGGCUGGAAUUUCAAUACCUUCUUCGUACUUAAGGAGGGUCUCGCCAGGGGGUUUGAGAAUGUGGGUCUUUUCGAGGACGCACUUGUCGUUUAUGACGAGCUGGCACAUGGCUUGGAUAUCAUUAUUCACGAACAAUUGGAAGUUAAAGGCUCUGACCAUGGCGGUAGAUUUCUUCCGUACAGUGACGAACUGAAGGACAAAAUUCAAGCAUGUUUAAAAGAUACGAACGAGGGCACUGGAGAUAAUGCCCGCCCAAAUCUCGAUCUGGAUGCUGACCCGGCUGUGCGGUUGCAACGUCGGGAUUAUCCUCUAGACGCAAGUAGAAGUCCGUUCCGGGAGCUCAUUCUUGCAAACGACAUUUCCAUCUUCGACUUCCGUUUAUACAUUUUUUCCCGGCAGCUGGAUUUGCUUUUAAGAAGUGCCAAUGCACGUUCUGUUGCAGAUGAACCAUCAGAAUCGCAAGCAGAACAUUCAGCGCUUGAGGAACAAUUUUUACCUUUGGCUGAUGCCUGUCAACGGACACUGGACUUUGUGACGAAUGGAACACGUACUUUGCGCCAUGACCUUGAAUUGGCACUGGAGAUGAACGAAGUCAUGUCAACAGAUGAAAGACACUUUCGGAGCUCGGUCAUCUCAAAUUUUAUCCUCUCUUGGAUGUACGUAUCAUCGCUACAAGUAUUGGCACAAACAAGUAGUCCCGGCUUGAUCCUACCGUCAGCUGAAGCCAUGCCUUCUCGGACGAUUAGUAAGUCGAGUUCUCGUUUCCAGGCGUCAAAUCCGUUUAAAUCUGCCAUCGAGCCUUCGCCCAGGACUUUCUCUCGGACACCAAGUCCUAUAAAGUUAGACUUGACGGCGCGUUCAGCUCGGUCUGGUAAUGGGCUCGCACAACCGAGCAGCACGUUGGCGAGCAGGACCGGCGCGGAGGAACUAGCAGGUGCAAGAGCAGAGCUUUACCUGCUUGCAAGAGCAGCUGUGCAACAAAUUGGUGACCAGCAUGGUUGGACAAAUCGAUGGAGUGUUCCUGGGCUUGCCGAGGUGCAGGAUGUGGCACUGGAGACAGCCCAUCUCCCGAAUGGAGAAGCUGCCGAGAAAGUAAUGUGCCCCGUCAUUAAUGGUCUUCAACAUCUUGAUCUUAGGAGCAUCUUUCAUUCUAAGAAGUCUUUCAAUAUGCUGUUCGGGUGUCUGACCACGUUCAGUUACCGUCAUCUGUUAGUUGCGAAAAGGACGAAUUCUGCAGAGAAGGCCAUCGCCGAACUCGCAGUGUUGAAGUAUGAAGCUGGCGAAUACGAAUCAGGAGCAUCUUACCUUGGUCGUAUAGCCUCUUACUAUAGCGACGCUCAAUGGCCAGCCCUGGAAACAACGUUUUUGGAGCUUUAUGCGAGUUGCAUGAAGGAGCUUGGUCGUCAUGGUGAGUAUGUCAGCAGUCUCCUCAGACUCUUGGGCCAAGUCCGACGCUCUCAGCAGACAUAUCCUUUAUCCUCUGUCGACAGAUAUCUAGCUGAACUCUGGUUGUUCUCGGAGAAUCUGACAAGUUCUGUCUCCGCAAAGUUCAGUGACUUCUUUUCUAUAAGGAGAUUAGCUCCGUAUAUUCAUCAUCAUCAAGAUCGGGAUGGUUUCUUCAUCUCCAUGGACUUAGCUUUCAUUGGCGCCAGUGUUGAAGUACCUAAUGGCCUUCAAAUGACACUUUCGUCGACCCACGAGUCGACUCCAUCGACAAUCACUUUGCAUAGCCACCCCAUCAAGAUCGUCAACUCACCCAUUCGAGUUGAGCUCAACUCUAAUCUAUCUAUCUUUGGCUGGUAUGUUAUCGAAAAAUUAGAGUUGAAAAUCGGCAAUAUCCUCUUCAUAGAGAACUACAAAGACAAGUUUUCAGCUCUGGUCGAUCAACCGAAGCUCAAUCAUCAUCGUUCGUUGCGAUUCUUCAUCUAUCCGCCAUUUCGUUCUCUGCAAGCAACUGCUUGCCCUGCUCAUUAUCUACAUCUAGCACAACCUCGUUCGAUACAAAUUGAGAUGCGGACUGGAUGGAACGAGAUUCAAGCUUGUACCUUGUCGAUGAAAUCCGGCACACCUGGUCUUAGACUUCGUUUGCAUGAUGCUAAAGUUCAGGCAACGGAUGGCCUUGAAACGCCAUCCUUGACAGGUCCCAGAGAGAGUACGCAGGCAAUUCAAGUGACACACUGUCCAGCAGACUCAGAGUACCAAUUUUUGAUCCCUUACACGGUGGAAAAUGCAGACAUACCUGUCAUUAGUGCCAGAUUAGAUAUCGAGUACUCCACAGCCAAAGGCAACUUUCUUUACUCCAGUGUGGUUGCUAUAAACACAAUUCUUCCUGUCAGCGUUAAUGUCCAGGACCUUUUCAAGGAAAAUGCGUUGUUUUCACGCUUCACCAUCAGCCCCGCAACGCUUGUCCCACUACGACUCUGGACGUACGAGAUGCAGAGCUCAGAAGAAACCUACAGCAUAGAAUCGCAUGCGGAUAACGAGGACGCGAUGGAUGUAUUCCCAAAACAGCCUGCAAGCCUAAUGUACAAAUUCACACGCUUACAACCUACUUCUGUGCUAAGAAACGGAGAACCUCCUCUAGCUCUCUCUGUCAGAUUCAGCUGUCUCGAUGAAGUUGUCCUCAAAGUGAUCGAGCAACAUUUCAUAGCGUCGGUCACAGCGGGUCCCGUUGCUAGCCUCGCCCAACCGUUGUGUGCACAUCUCCUGUCGACAUUUCGCUCGCAGUGGUCAGCCCUGGAUCUCGAGGUUAUCUGUCUGUGCCAUGAAAUCGAGAUCUGGCCGUUCGAGGACCUUGGUUGGGAGGCUGUGUUGAAGGGAUUCGAUAUCACAACAAGCGGUCUGGCAAAGACCUGGCUUCAAGAAUGGCAUCAACACAAUGUUAUCAUACCUAUUUAUAGCGACUUGGGUGGAAGUGACCCACCAUCCCGGCAGAUUGUGAUUCCAGUCGACAUUCCCAAGCCACCAAUUGUUGUUACCGCAUCACUCUACGUCGACUCCAGGCAAACCGAAGCUGUGAAAAUUGGCGAGGCUCUGCUAGCUGACUUGGAAAUUUCAGUCACGCGGGACUGGGCAGCAGCUGAGUCUUUGACUGAAAAAGAUGUCCAGCUGCAGAUAUCUUUUGAGGUGCUGGCACCACCUGAUAAUUGGACAAUUGGUGGUACGAGGAAAGGGCGCUUACUUGCGCAAGACCCGGUGCAAUCCAUGCCUGUCAUCCUCUUGCCUCAGCGAACAGGAAAUUUGCUGUUACCAUCUGUUGAGGUAAAGUGCUAUAAGGUGGAGACAUUGGAAAGAGAUGGUCCUUCUUCAGAAGGCACAAGGGUACCAUGUGAAGUCGACCUCCGAAGUCUGGCUCAAAGUGUGCAUGUUGUCAGUGGUAUGAAGGAGACUGUCGUUGAGAUAGAAGUUGAUGCUGAGGCCACAAACCACACUGGUAGCGAAAAAAGAACCUGGCUUGUUGGCAGCAAAGGCAGGAGACCGCUAUGA